AUGGCCGUGAGCAGCAGCAUUUUCCUCUACAUCACGGGAGGACGCACGUUGUGGGUGCCCGGGCAUACACCCGCACCGGGUGAAACGAAGCCGGUGCAAAUCCUCAACUUUGCCUCUCCCCGUGAACUGUCGCGCUCGUUUUACCUGUUCGACAUGCCCAUACAAAUUGUCAACGACCCAAGCACGGCAGCGAUGAUUCCAGGCGGAAAGACACCGGAGGAUGUCAUUACGGCCGUCAAUGAGUUUCGUCGCGUUUGUAUGGAGGAUCAGGAUUUCCUACUGAAGCGAUGCUACGAUGCCAACAAGCCGCCUCCGCCGUCUCAGAAUAUUCCACAGCAACAGCAACCCCAGCAACAGCCACAACCACCGCAACAGCAGCAGCCACAGCAAUUCAUGACGGGCAUUUCGCGAAUGGCGGAUGCGUUAGGAAUGCGACAGAAUCCCACUUUUAACGCCGCCGGCACAAACUUGAAUCAGGCGUUACUGCUACAGCUUCUUCAACAACAACAACAACAACAACAACAACAGCGUUCGCCGAUGCCGCCGCAUGCCUCACCACUUCAGCAACCGCCCCCGAUGACUUUCAACCGCGGUGCGAUGAUGGGCUCAGGGAAUGUGCCUGCCGGUGGAAAUAUGAUGAUGAACAGUGCCGGUAUGAUGCCCUCCGUCCCCUCAGCGGGGUUCAACAACAACUACUUUAACCCCAUGAUGUCGAUGGGAGGCCGCAGUGCCGGGUUGAUGCCCGCACCCAAUACAUAUCACCUCCCACACGCCAUGGGGACGGUGUCGCCGCCCAUUAUGGGGCACAGAGGUGCUGGCGUUGGCCGAGGCAUACUUUCCCACAGUCCGUUUCAGGCGCCUGUGCGUGAUCAGCCGGAGGCGUUACCGAAUCUUCCGCCCAUCCCACCUGACAUCCUCGAGAUGUACAUGAACCCGCAGCAAAAGUUGAUGUGCGCUACAAUGCCGGGACCGCGUUGCACGGUGUGGCUUCGCGAGCACGAGAUACCACCUGCCACAAAGAAUCCGAGGUAUGUCUUUUGCAAGGGGGGUAUUGUUUUGAUGCUCAAAACGAAAGGCUCAGAGGUGGCGAACAGCAAGCCCGUGGAACUUUUUGAACAGCAGGUCUGUGCGCACUUCUUAAUCCACAAUUACUGUUCUCGCAGUAAUUGCCUCCACCGGCACCACACGGAGACACAGUUGCGGCAGCUGAUUGCCGGGAAGCACGUGGAGCUUAAGGCCAUGACAAAGAAGGAGCGGCAUCGUCUUAGCGAACUUGUGUUGGAAAAGGAGCGGGAGGGACUCGCACGAACCGCGGAAGACCGCGAGAAGCGUUCGCGCGAUAAGAUGGAGGCGGUGCGUCGACGCGGGGGUACUGGUGGCAGUACACCCGAUGCUGAGGGGCUGGCAUCCACUCAGAACAGCCAACUGCCUGUUGCGCAUGUUGAUGUUGGCAGCUCCGACGACGAAGACAAUGACAACAAUAAGAAAAAGAAUGAAAGUGAGGUUGUCGACAAGAGUAACAGCAAGGAGGGCAGCAACGACAUUCACGCCGGCGAGAUGAAGAGUGAGGGCAACAAAUCCAGCGAGCUUUCGCAGGAGCGCCACGAGAACGAGACGGUUGAGAAAACUCGCGUGGAGAAGCCGGUUGUGCCGCGGCGGGUGGCGCCCUUCUCGUCACGCCGAGUGCUGAACCCGGCCGACAUCGGUGUCACAGACGAUGAUGAUGAUGAUGACGAGGCGUCUUCCUCUUCUUCCUCCUCUUCGUCCGUGUCGUCGUCGGCGUCAUCGUCAAAGAGUUCCACGAGGCACACGGAUACCGUGAAGAAGACGACAGAAACUGCCAGCGAAACCUGUGAUCAUGAAAAACGCGAAGGAAGCGUCAAAGUCUCCGUUGAGGCAACGGCACCCGACCCUCUGCCGCCGGCGGAAUCAGCCACGGAAGAGGGCGUGGCGCAGGAGACGCAUGAUGCGAGGGACGAGCCGGCAGAGGCAGUGAGAACGACCGAGCAGCCACAAACAGCAACGACAGCAGGGAAGGAGAAUAUGGAGGCCGAUGAGGCGGAGACAACGAGUCAAAAGGAAGGGGUUGACGUUGCGGACAAGCCGACUGUAGUGUUAGCAGCAGAAGAAGAGGAAGAAGAGCGGGCGACUGUGGAGAAGAACGAGGAGGAGAAUACGGAGACACCGGCGAAGAGGGAACAGCCGCAUCCGGCAUCGGAUGACGCCCCUCAGGUUGCAGAAGGUGACGGCGGCAAGAAGAAUCCAAAAGGAAAGACCGGCGGAACCAAACGUGCACGAUCCCCAGUGGCGAAAAAGUCUACCGCGAAGGGAAAGAAGUCCAAAAAGUAA